UCAUUGAUAUUGUGAGCGGUGUAAACUGAGAGCGGACUGGGUGUGAGGCGCAGCCACGCAGCGGAGAAUCAGCGACUUUUAGGCUUUGAUUUAUAUUUUAUUUCUCUGACUUUCCUGUAAAAUGCAGUGAAGUCGAAGCGCCGCAGCGGGAGGGACGGAGAGGCAGCGCGGCGUGCGGGCUGCGCGUUCAGGUCACGCAUCUCUGGGGUAUGAUCCGUCUCGGACUCCGUCGGCGCGCCGCUGUCCAUGGUCCUGACUGAGACGGAGCGACCACAGAGCCGAGAGGUGAAGCGCUCCGGAGCGAUGGAGUUACGCGUUGGGAACAAAUAUCGCCUCGGGAGGAAGAUAGGGAGCGGGUCCUUUGGAGACAUCUACCUGGGUUCAAACAUCGCUACAGGAGAGGAAGUCGCCAUAAAGCUGGAAUGUGUGAAGACCAAACAUCCGCAGCUCCACAUUGAGAGCAAGUUCUACAAAAUGAUGCAGGGAGGAGUGGGAAUUCCCUCCAUCAAGUGGUGCGGCGCCGAGGGAGACUACAACGUCAUGGUGAUGGAGCUGCUGGGGCCCAGCUUGGAGGAUUUGUUUAACUUCUGCUCCCGCAAAUUCAGCCUGAAGACCGUCCUGCUGCUGGCCGAUCAGAUGAUCAGCCGGAUCGAAUACAUCCACUCCAAGAACUUCAUCCACCGAGACGUGAAACCUGACAACUUCCUGAUGGGCCUCGGGAAGAAGGGCAACCUGGUCUACAUCAUCGACUUCGGCCUGGCCAAGAAGUACCGAGACGCUCGAACGCACCAGCACAUCCCCUACCGCGAGAACAAGAACCUGACCGGGACGGCGCGAUACGCCUCCAUCAACACCCACCUGGGCAUCGAGCAGUCGAGACGAGACGACCUGGAGUCUCUGGGUUACGUCCUCAUGUACUUCAACCUGGGUUCGCUGCCCUGGCAAGGACUCAAGGCUGCCACCAAGAGGCAGAAGUACGAACGCAUCAGUGAAAAGAAAAUGUCCACCCCUAUUGAGGUGCUCUGCAAAGGAUACCCCUCCGAGUUCUCUACCUACCUGAACCUUUGUCGCUCUCUGCGGUUCGACGACAAGCCCGACUACUCGUACCUGAGGCAGCUCUUCAGGAACCUUUUCCACAGGCAGGGCUUCUCCUACGACUACGUCUUCGACUGGAACAUGCUGAAGUUUGGUUCCAGCAGGACAGCAGAGGACGGGGAGCGAGAGAGGAGAGAAGGGAAGGAAGGGGAGGACCGAGCCGGCGCGGGUCAGAGAGGAGCCGGAGGCCGAGCCCUGCCUCCAGGCCCGAACCCUUGUGCCGCCAACCGAGUCCGGAACGAGCCAGAGACAGCUCCUUCCAACCAGGCGUCGCGUGGAGCCCAGCCGUCAGGCAACCGAUCGCCUCAGGCGGGCCGGGCCGAGAGAGCCGAGAGAGAAAGGAAGGUGGCCAUGAGGCUCCAUCGCGGCGCCCCCGCCAACGUCUCGUCCUCUGACCUCACUGCACGCCUCGACCAGUCACGCAUCACUGCCUCACAGGUCAGUGUGCCGUUUGAACAUCUGGCAAAGUGACUUUCUGCUGGCGGCUGCAGCAACCGAAGGGCAUCGAACCCCCUGACUUUCAAAUCCAAAUCGAACGAAUGAAGGCAUGAAUGGUGAGGGAGGCGGCGGGCGAGCGAGGACCCAGAGCGUCUGUCCGUGUGUCUGCCGGUGGGAGCGUGAGCCAAAGCCUGAUGGGAAACCAGUGGAAGGAGGAGAACCUCCAGCUGAACCAGUUUGGGCUUCGUUUCAGCGCUGGUAUCGGGAGCUAGGCGCUAAACUUUGCUCCUUUUCACCUUCACAUCAACACUGAGGCUCAAUUUGCACAAAAAAACAGAAUGAAAACAGUGCACAAAAAGGACUUAAAUUACACAACUGUGAUUUAUACGUGUAGUCGAUCAAAAAAGAUCAAUUUGCUUUUGUUUGAGAGCUAAAUCUGCAGCUUCUGUUAUUUAUUCUGAUCUGAAGUUGAAGCCAGAUAUUUACAUACUCUGUAUAGAACGACACAACCUUUACUCUCACACUCUGAGGGUCAUUUUCCUGUUUUACCCCACUUGGGGCUAACCAUAUUUCCAUUAGUUAAAUGUCAGAUUUAUCAGGAAGACAAUAUUUCUUUAUUUCCUCUUAACUCGGAUCAGAACUUCUCAGGAUGGUUUGCUGGAGUCAAUCCAAACCUUUCAGUUUUUCCUCCAUCAGACUCGACUCUGACUGGCCUCCAUCAAAACGUUUAAUCCAGUUAAUUUCAGGGUCUUUAAUUAAUUAGUCAAUUUAAUCAAAAACUAACAACAAAAUCUCAAUUCAAAACCCCGAUCAUUCAUGGAGCUUCUUUAGAAAUAUGGAUUGUGGAUGCUAACAUUAGCACUAGCUAAUGCUAACCUGUUUAGCAUUAAGGUGCUAUCUCAGGCUAGCAUAGCUUUGCUGUUAGGCCGCCUCCUUUCAACAACAGUAGUCUUUUCCAGCGUCUAAUCAGAUUAAAGCAGAAAUUAGCCAGAGAAGAAGCUUCAUCCUCCUUCACUCUUUUCUGUGCGUCACAUUUACGGGCGUACCAGAAACGCAUGAAAACAAAGGUUCCUAAAAAAAAAGAUUCAUUAAAAUUUUUACUGCGAUUGAUUGAAAUGAACUGAGCGGCCUUCAUCAGGAAACUGAGAUAUUUUCAAACAACAGGUUUAGUUUUUGGUGCUGUUUUACGCCACACUGCAAAAACACAAAAUCUACCAAGUAUUUUUUUCUAGUUUUUACUGCAAACAUCUUAUUACACCUGAAACAAGACAAAACUAACUUGCAACAUAGCAAAUAAUUCCUUUAUACUAAUGAAAAAGCUUCAGUUUCACUGGUCAAACCUCAUAAACUUGGUUUAUGAAUGUUUAAAUUCAAAGAAAUUCUUUAUAAGUUGUUUAAAAUGCUGAUAUCUAUCAAACCGGAAUGAUUGAUGUAAUCCUUACUGACCUAAAACAGGAAAAGUCAGAACCUUUUUACACAGAGGAUUAAUAUCUGGUUUCAACCUGCAGCCUUGGAAGCUAAAUCAAAAGUUUUGGUCUCAGUAGGAUCAGAGGAAAAGAGUGAAUAUGAGAAAAUCUGCAGUGAAAAAGUUUCUGCUUUUGGAAAGUCUCCAUCUAUGUUCGUGUUCUUGUGUCAUGCUUCUGUUUCGCCUUCAGCUUUGCUUUAAGGACUCAGAGGAAAUGUCCGGAUCAGGAAGAGGAUUAUCGUAUGAAGUUAAUCGAAUGUGAGCAAGUGGACGUGUACAGCAGUGGGAGUGUAGAUACGACUCGGCAGAAUGUGACAGAAAGCUUAUUUUUCUUUGAUCAACCUUUAGAGUCUGAGACAGAAAGGAACAACUGGCGACUGUUUUCCUGUUUCCUGCUUCGGUUUUAUGACUAUAUUGGUGUUUAUUUUCAGAUUCAAUAAAAGUAUACGCAGCUUA